AGCCAGGUAUGGCUCAGUAAAAAAGGGUCUUAAUUUACAGAUGAGUGAUCGCAAGUUCAAAUUUUCAUAACACUUUAGAAGUGUAUGUUUGAUAAAUUCCCUCCCCUUAUUAUUAUUAUACAAGCUAUAUUAUACUUUUGUCUAAUCUAAAUUACAGUACAUGAAUGGGGAUUCGAACCCGGAUGCAGAGUGAGAAAUACAUUUACUUUAACCAACGUAACUAAACUCAUAUAUGCACUACACCCUUUUCCUUAUAAUUUAGACAAUCACUUCUAUUUAAACCAAAAAAAAAAAAAACGUAUUAUCAGAAAAUUGAACACUUACAAGUAAAAUUUGAGAAAAAAGGGCUAUACCAACCGGUAGCUAGUAAAAAAUGAAAUUCAUUGAUAACUCAGAUAGUUGUAUUCUAUUUUGUGAAUUUCAUUUUUUUAUGACUGGCCUCCCUUCCUUCCUCGCACUAGCAUGCGGGUCGAGUUAAUGACAUUUGCCAAAGAAGAUGCCUGGAACUUCGCUUCUUCUUCUACCUUUGACCAAAAACAAAAAUGCUUUGCCUUUCGGUCUCUCUUAUUUGUCUAUACACCCAUUUCUUUUAAGCAGUCACACAAAAUUAGAGUUCAGGCAUGUAAUAAGCUUAAGCUCCUCAUCAGUCACUACAAUUAAAUCCCAAAAUCUUAUUCACACACAUUUCCUCAUACCCUCAAUUGUUUUUGUUAUUUCUCUUGUGUUAAAGCUCUCUUCUUGGAUGGAAACUUACCUCAAGACCGAAGGCUGCCAAUUGAAACUUGCCCCACUUCAAAUUGCCAAGAACCCAGUAGGAAAGCAAAACAAAAGAAAUAGUGGUUUGCUUGCCGUUCCAGUGCCGAUACUUCAUAUAAGUUAUAACGCAGAGAGCUUUUGGGAUUCUCUUAUUGUCUUUUGUCUCGAUCCCCACUAAAUUGUCAUAAACGAGCUACUAAGUAGGUUCCUGAUGAUCAUGGAAAGAACCUCUACAUCUUUCUCUUCUUCAACUCCUCAAUGGAAAUAUGACGUCUUUCUGAGUUUUAGAGGUGAAGACACUCGAAAGAGUUUUACAGACCACUUAUACACUGCAUUGGAACGUCACGGAGUACUAACUUUCAAGGAUGACCCUGAACUUCAAAAAGGGAAAGCUAUUUCUCCAGAACUUUUUACUGCAAUUCAAGAAUCGAGGUUUGCGCUCAUUGUGCUGUCAAAAAAUUAUGCAUCAUCAACUUGGUGUUUGGAUGAACUUUUAAAGAUUCUUGAAUGCAUGGAAGCAAGAGAAGCAGUGCUACCAAUUUUUUAUGAUGUCGAUCGCUCUGAUGUACGAAAGCAAACAAGAAGUUUUGCAGAAGCCUUCAGCAAACAUGAAGAAAAGCUGAGAGAUGACAUAGAGAAGGUGCAAAUGUGGAGAGAUGCUUUAAGGAAAGUGACAAAUUUCUCUGGAUGGGAUUCAAAGGACAGGUCUGAAUCAAAGCUCAUCAAAGAUAUUGUUGAAGUGGUAGGGAAAAAACUGUGUCCUACAUUGUUAAGUUAUGUUGACGACUUAGUUGGAAUUGAUUCAAGAUUGAAACCAAUCACUUCGUUUUUAGAUGCGAGGGUGGAUGAUGUUUACUUUAUUGGGAUAUGGGGUAUGGGGGGUAUUGGUAAGACAACUAUUGCCAGGGUUGUUUAUGAUAGAAUCUCUCAUGAAUUUGAAUACAAAAUGUUUCUUGCCAAUGUUAGAAAUGUUUAUGAAAAAAGUGGUGUACCUCACCUACAAAAGCAACUUCUUUCCAUGGUUGGGAUGAAAAUGGACGACAUAUGGGAUGCUCGUGAAGGAGCCACAUUGAUAAGGAGGUUUCUACGUCACAAAAAGGUUCUUCUAAUUCUUGAUGAUGUGAACCAUUUGGACCAGUUAGAAUAUUUGGCUGGAAAGCAUGAGUGGUUUGGUUCUGGGAGUAGAGUUCUCAUUACAACUAGAAAUGAGCACUUGUUAAUUGCACAUGGUGUGGAGAGAAGAUCUAAGGUGGAAGGAUUAGGUAAUGAUGAAGCUCUUCAAAUUUUUUGUAGGAAAGCCUUUAGAAAAGCUUACCCCGAAGAAAACCAUCUUGUUUUGUCAAGUUGUGUUGUGAAUUAUGCCAAAGGUGUUCCAUUAGCUCUUAAAGUCUUGGGCUCUUUUUUCUAUGGAAAAGAUACAAGUGCAUGGAAGAGUGCGGUGGAUAAACUAAGAGAAGUUUGUAAUUCGGAAAUUAUGGAGACACUUAAACUAAGUUAUGAUGGUCUAGAUGAUGAUGAGAAGAAAAUUUUUCUAGACAUUGCAUGUUUCUUUAAUGGGAAGGGCAAAGAUCGAGUAAGAGAAACACUGGAUGCUUGCGGUUUAUGUUCAGAUAUUGCAAUACAUGUCCUUGUUGAGAAAUCCCUCUUAACUAUUAAUCCAUCUGGCACUCUAUUGAUGCAUGAUUUGCUUCAAGACAUGGGCCGGGAAAUUGUCCGUCGAGAAUCUCUUGAUGAGCCAGGCAAGCGCAGUAGGUUGUGGCGUAGUGAAGAUGUCAAUCAUGUAUUGAGCAAAAAUACAGGAACAGAAGCAAUAGAAGGUAUUGUUCUGCACCAAGUUGAGCCAAGGGUGGUGUGUGCAAAUGCUAAUUCCUUCUCAAUGAUGAAAAGACUAAGAUUCCUUGUUAUCAAUAAUGUGGACCUCUUAAACAAGCUUGAAUAUCUUCCCAAUAGUUUACGGAUUCUUGACUGGCUCCAAUUUCCUCUAAAAUCUUUGCCACCAUCUUUCAAUCCAAAGAAUCUACAUGAACUCAACAUGCGUAAUAGCUGCAUUGAACAUCUUUGGAAGGGAAUGACGCCUUCUUACUAUUUGAAAAUGAUUGAUCUCAGCCAUUCUUUAAAUCUGGUAAAGACCCCGGACUUUAGAGGUAUCCCGUCUCUUGAGCGUCUGAUUCUUCAAGGUUGUAUACGAUUACAUGAGGUAGACCCAUCUGUUGUGGUGCUUGAAAGACUUACUUUGAUGAACUUGAAAGAUUGCAAAAACCUUGUGCUUCUUCCAAGCAGAGUAUGUGGCUUAAAAUCUCUCAGAGUUUUUAAUGUUUUUGGUUGCUCAAAGCUUGAGAAAUUGCCUGAAGACUUGGGCCAUGUUGAGAGUUUGGAAGAGCUUGAUGCGAGUGGAACUGCUAUACGAGAACCACCUGCCUCAAUUCGGCUUUUGAAAAACCUUAAAGUAUUAUCUCUCUGUGGAUUUAAAGGACCAUCAUCAAAUCCAUGGAAUGUUCUGCUUUUACCUUUCCGGUCAUUGCUGAGAAUAAGUUCAAAUCCUACAACUAGUUCGUGGUUGCCUUGUUUAUCUGGUUUGCAUUCUUUGACACAACUGAACCUAAGGGACUGCAAUCUCUCGGAACGAGCAAUUCCCAAUGAUCUUGGCUGCCUGUCCUCAUUAACACAUUUAGAUGUAAGUAGAAAUGCAUUUGUUAGCCUCCCCAAGAGCAUCUGUCAACUUUCUCGACUUGAAUUUCUUGACGUGGGGCAUUGCCAGAGACUUGAAACAUUGCCAGAGCUUCAGUCUAGUAUAUACUAUCUUGAAGCUUAUAAUUGUAAUUCAUUAGUAGCAUCUGGUCUGGACAUCAUUAGACUCUUUGCUAACUGUCUCAAACAGGUGAAGAAGCUAUUCCGUAUGGGUGCGGAAUAUAUUGAAUCUGAAUGUAAUUAUCUUCAUCCUGGAAAUGAAAUUCCAGAGUGGUACAAUCUUAAAAGUGCACAACUUACCGGAUGUAGUUGUGAAUUAAUUGUUCCUGGAAAUGAAAUUCCAGAGUGGUUCAAUCAUAAAAGUGUGGGGUCUUCAUCAGUAAGUGUAGAGCUGCAUCCAGGUUGGUCUACUGAUUAUAAGUGGAUGGGAUUUGCAUUGUGUGUUGUUUUUGCCAUCCAUGGAAACCGGAGUCUGUCUAGUCCUCGUUAUCCUAUUUAUUGCCAACUGAGUGUAAACGGAGGACCAUUUUGUUGGUGGCCAGUUGCUGGUUGCUCAUUGGGAUCCGAUCAAUCUGGGCCAGACCACCUUUGGUUAUGCCAUGUUCCUUGUCAUUACUUCUUUUUCACUGAGUUGCACACUAGGCUUGAAUUUUUAUUUCUGGUCAACGAAUCAAUAGUGGAAGUGAAGAAGUCUGGGAUCCGUAUAGCAUAUGAGGAAGACGUGAAAGCUCUUAUCAAGCAAACAUAUUCCAGGCAGAGCAGGGUUAGCAUUUGUAAGGAGGUUUUGGAAUUCCCCAAUAGCGAUUGUCAGAAAGCAUCACCAUCUGUAUCACUAUCAGAAUUAGAAUCAAAAUCAGGUGGCAUUGCCACCAAGCGAGGCCUUGAACGCUGUGAUGAUGGGGCACGAUGUAGUGAAAAUGGUUGUAUUAAUGAAGAAGAACCUCAUCCAAAAAGAUCAAAGCAACACUAGCUAUCCUCAUGGGGUGAUGAGGCUUGAAACCUCCUCAAGGCUGAAAGGAAGGACAAGGUGGAGAGUGGACUCUUUCUUGAUAUUUCUUUACUGGUCUGACAGGUUAGAGUUUUCACAAGAUGUUAAGCAAGCAUGCAUUGAUAUAUUGUGCAUCCCACGUACAUCUAAUUCUGGGCAUGAAAUAUACCUUUUGUUCUGUAUUUUAUGUGUGCCCUGCCUUGAAUGCAUGCUGCACCAACCAACUGGUUGAGACAAUCAAUUUUGAAUGCCAUGAUCAAGUGCAAAAAGUGCAACCUUGAAGGCAGCAAAACAAUCCAAUACUCUCGUGCUAGUCAGUUGUGUCAGUGCUCUCAUUUGGUUCACCUAAAUUGUGAUAUAAUAAAAUUUGUCAGAGUUGUUCCAGUUGGGUCUGCUAAACAAUAAUAUUAGCGAAAAUAGUGACCUUUAAAAA